UCCCCCGGGAGGACCAGGAUGAUGCAGCCCCACCUGGCGCUGAUGUGCUUGGUGGUAGUCGGGGGGGUCCUGCCGGCGUCGGCUCGCCCAGAGCCCAGGAGGCGGCAGCAGAUGGACCCCGGGCGGUGUGAGCUGCCCCGAUCGCAAAGAGACCUAAACUCUUUCCUCUGGACAAUCCAAAGGGACCCCCCUGCCUAUCUCUUUGGCACCAUCCAUGUUCCUUACACACAUGUGUGGGAUUUUGUCCCUGAGAAUUCCAAGGCUGCUUUCCAAGCCAGUUCCAAUGUCUAUUUCGAGCUAGACCUCACUGACCCCUACACCAUCUCAGGCCUGGCCAGCUGUCAGCUGCUGCCUCAUGGGGAGAACUUGCAAGAUGUGCUUCCUCGGGAUCUUUACCACCGUCUCAAGCGCCACCUUGAGUAUGUCAAGUUGAUGCUCCCUCACUGGAUGACCCCAGAUCAGCAGGGCAAAGGUCUCUACGCUGAUUACCUCUUCAAUGCUAUUGCUGGAAACUGGGAGCGCAAGCGGCCUGUUUGGGUGAUGAUGAUGAUCAACUCCUUGACUGAGACAGACAUCCGUUCUCGUGGAGUGCCAGUGCUGGACCUCUACUUGGCUCAGGAAGCAGAGCGGAUGAAGAAAAUGACAGGAGCUGUGGAGAGGGUGGAAGAGCAAUGCCAUCCGUUGAAUGGGCUGAACUUCUCCCAGGUGGUGUUUGCUUUGAACCAAACACUACUCCAACAUGAAAGUCUCCGAGCUGGCAGUCUGCAGGCCCCCUACAUCACUGAAGACCUCAUCAAGCAUUACAACUGUGGAGAUCUCAAUGCUGUUAUAUUCAACCACGAUACUUCACAGCUCCCUAAUUUCAUCAACACAACUCUUCCUCCACAUGAGCAAGUUACAGCACAAGAGAUUGACAGCUACUUCCGUCAGGAACUCAUCUAUAAGAGGAAUGAGAGGAUGGGGAAAAGAGUCAUGGCCCUCUUAAAAGAGAACACAGACAAGAGUUUCUUCUUUGCAUUUGGAGCAGGUCACUUCCUGGGCAACAACACUGUUAUUGAUGUGUUGAGACAUGCUGGGUUUGAAGUGGAACAUAUACCUGCAGGACAAACAGUAGAGAAUUCUAGGACAAACAUCAAUCCGCCUUCAAGAGGCUUUUCCACAACAGAUACACCUGCUAUGAAUUUUUUUGAACAUGUGCAACCAUCUUCAUCAUCAAUGCCUCCUCCUUCCAGUGAGGAAGACAGCCUUCCCCCUCACCUUCUACUGCCAGACAGUAUCAGUCAACUGGAGGAGUUUGGACGGCAAAAGAAGUGGCACAAGAGACAGUAUAAAAACCAUCGUCAAAGACAGUUUAAUGAUCUUUGGGUCCGGAUAGAAGAUGGCACAACCACCAUGCCUUCUCACAUCAGGAUAACGAAUGGCUACAUCUCAGUUAACCCAUCCAUUUGGUUUACAAAUCAGCUGGACCAGCAGCCGCAUCCAGACCUUGCAUUUCACCGUCAUCUCAAAAGCUCAGACAUUAGCAGUACCAUAGCAUCACCUGUAACUAUUUCAGUCUGUGCAACAAUGGUUUCUUUCCUCUUGCAUCUAUUGAUUUCCUCUUGACAAAACAAGGUACCUUAAGUGCAAUAUCCAGGAAAAAGGAUAGUUUUCCAUCAAUCACCUUGCACCUGGAACCUUCCAA